CGUCUCCAGCGCGCCGGGAUCGCAAGUUGCGAAUAUCAGGAGGAAUCGCAAACUCGAUACAAAGUCCAUCUUUAUGGCUGUUCGACUUUAAACAUUUCGCUUUCACUUACGUCACUUUCUCAUGCCCUCUCUGUGACGAACGCAGCGGAUGUUUCUUUCCUGGGUACACUGAAAUCUCAACCCCAAAGGGCGCACAAGAUGAAGUAUAAAAACCUGAUGGCCAAGGCCCUUUAUGACAACGUCCCAGAGUCCCCGGAGGAGCUUGCCUUCCGGAAGGGGGACAUCCUGACGGUCAUCGAGCAGAACACGGGCGGGCUGGAGGGAUGGUGGCUCUGCUCGCUACACGGCCGCCAGGGCAUCGCCCCCGGCAACCGCCUCAAGCUGCUCAUCGGGCCCAUGUUUGAGGCCCAGACCCCGGCCAGCCAGGCCCCGCCCUCUGGCCCCGCCUACCAGCAGAAGCCCGGGUCAGCCCAGGGCUCGUUGAUGCUGCCCCCCUCCCACCAGAGCCCCCAGCAGCAGGGGGUGUACCAGGUGCCCCCCGGGAAGGAUCUCUACCAGGUGCCCCAAGGGAAGGACCUGUACCAGGUGCCACAGAGGAGCCCCUGGGCUGCGGACGGCACAGCCAGCAAGGUGGUGACCCCGAUGCGGGUGGGCCAGUCCUACACCUAUGAACCUACGCAGUCCCACCAACAGGACGUCUACGACGUGCCACCCGUCCGGCCACAGGGGGUGUACGACAUCCCCGCUGGGAAGCAGGGCCUUGCGUUCCCGGGGAAACUGGGAGACCCGCGCAUGCAGGGCCUGUACGACAUCCCCCCGACGACACAAGGCGUCUACGACAUCCCCCCAACGACGCAAGGCGUCUACGACAUCCCCCCGACAACACAAGGCGUCUACGACAUCCCCCCGACAACACAAGGCGUCUACGACAUCCCCCCGACAACACAAGGGGUCUACUCCGUGCCCCCUUGCCGAAAUAACCCCAUCCCCCAGGAAGGGAACUAUGACUUCCCCCAGCCCCUGAAGGUCAAGCCAGGGGAUGUGUACGACGUGCCCCCCGCCUCGCUGGCCCGACCAUCUGCUCAGUCCAACUACGACUUCCCGCCCAGCUCCGAGCCCGCCCCUCACCGCGGCGCCGCCCACGGACACGGCAGCGUGUACGACGUGCCCCCCCAGCUCUCGGCAGGGCCGCAGGGCGACGUCUACGACAUCCCGCGCGGGACGCAGUCUGGGGGCCGGGGGGGCGGGGACUACGACGUGCCCCCCCAGGAGCCCCGCCCCCUGGGUGACGUCACGGACGGGGUGAACCGGCUGUCCAUCUCCAGCACGGGCAGCGCCCGCAGCAGCAUGUCCACCUCCUCCUCCGCCUCCUCCUCCGCCCCCGAGCCCCGGGGCGGCCCCGACCUGGACAGUGCCCUGCAGAGGCUGGGCCAGCUGCAGCAGGCCGUGGAGGCUGCCGUCUCCACCCUCCUGGCACUGGCCGCCUCGCCUCACUGGAGGACUCCCCAGUUCAUGGAGCGGCGCCUGGACGAGGUCCAGGGCACCCUGGAGCGGGUGCGGGGGUCGCUCACCGACCUGCUGGUCUUCGGGAGGGUGACGGCCGCCAGCGCGCUGACCCUCUCCGACCGCAGCCUUCAGGCCAAGCUGAGGCGGCAGCUGCAGCGGCUGGAGGACUCCCAGCAGAUCCUGCUGCAGUCCGGCCACACGCUGGAGGCCAGCAGCAAGCCCCAGGGCCGCUGCGACGACCUGGACCGCUUCGUCAUGGUCUCCCGGACUCUGCCGGAUGACGUCAAGCAGCUGGCGUCCACCGUCAGCGGCAGUGCCGAGCUGCUCUUCAGGAGGGCCGCCGCCGCCCCCAACUCCCUCCCCCAGGGCGUCACCCCGGACGGCCGCCACCCCGGCAACACCGGCCCCGCCCCCGACAACGAGAUCUACGACGAGCAGCUGGAGAGGGACCAGACCGCGCCCUUCCCCGUGCCCCCUGGCCUGCAGCUGGAGAAGGACAACCUGAACCACAGCGAGAAGUGUGUGAAGAGCUGGAUGGAGGACUACGACUACGUCCACCUGCAGGGCAAAGAGGAGUUUGAGCGACAGCAGAAGGAGCUGCUGGAGAAGGAGAACAUCACCAAGCAGAGCAAGAUCCAGCUGGAACAGGAGCAGCUCAAUCAGUUCAAGCAGCUAGAGAGGGAGGUGAGCAAGCCGGUGGAGAAUGACAUCAGCCAAUGGAUCACCCACCAGCAGACCACAGCCCCCUCCUCCUCCUCCUCCUCUUCCUUGGACUCCUCUUCCUCGCAAGGGGGCGGCUCCCAGCUGUGUGGCUGGGACCGGCAGCUGCUGUGCUUCUACUCGGAGCAGUGCGAGUCGCACUUCAUCACGCUGCUCAACGCCGUGGACGCCUUCUUCGGCUGCAUCAGCGCCGGGCAGCCGCCGCGCAUCUUCGUGGCGCACAGCAAGUUCGUCAUCCUCAGCGCCCACAAGCUGGUCUUCGUCGGGGACACCCUGUCGCGGCAGGCCUCCUCCCCGCAGCUGGCCGGACGCGUCAUGAACUGCAGCAACGCGCUCUGCGAACUGCUCAAGACGGUGGUGGGCGCCACCAAGACGGCCGCCCUGCACUACCCCAACACCGCCGCCCUGCAGGAGAUGGUGGACCGCGUCACCGACCUCUCCCACCAGGCCCAGCAGUUCAAAGCACAGCUGCUGCAGAUGGCCUCCUCGUAAAAAAAAGGCCCCCAGCCGGGGCUGUCCCGGCACACGCCUGCCUGAAUACAGACUGAGUACGUCUACGCAUAUCACAUAUCAAAGGUUUUUAAUCUUUUGUAAAUUUUUUUUUGGGGAGUUCCCCAAAAAAUAUUGUAAA